AGUGUUAUGCUCAUUACAUUCAAUGACAGAGCCGUCGAAACCCAAGCUCACUGAGGCUGACAUCCCUGAAGUCUUGCAAAGGGCCGAGCCGUUUUUACGUUAUCCGAUGUCACCGCUCUACUUAAUGAGAAGUAUAGUCUUCGGGGUAAUUCUAGUACCAAUUCGACUAAGCCUCUUCAUCUCGAGUAUGUUCAUUGCUGGUUUUGUUUUCUAUAUCGGCCACUUUACAAACUCCGAUACACUAGCGUUCGGUGCUAUGAGGUUUUGGGGUAAGUUUGCCGUAUAUUGCCUCGGUAUUGUACCGGAAGUUACUGCUGAUUCAUCAGCACCCAGCCCUCAAGAGAUCACCAAUACAUCCUACGUCAUCGUAGCUGAUCAUAUAAGCUUUGUGGAGGUACUCUAUCUAUUAUCAAUGUAUUUGCCAGCUUUUGUUGGGAAAGUCCCUCUCAAGAAGACACCUCUUAUUGGUGACUGCAUGCGACAUUUAGAUUGUAUAUUUGUGAAUCGAUUGAUCGGUAAGAAGGCUACAUCUACAACGGAGCUUCUGGAGGCACAUGUGACCAAGUCCGAUAACUUGAGGCCACUACUAUUGUUCCCAGAAGGUACAACUUCUAAUGGCUUGGGGUUGAUAUCUUUUCACACUGGUGCGUUCUGUCUCGGAAAACCUGUUCUCCCGGUUAUUAUUUGGUAUCCUAACUUUGUUCGAGGUCAACAAUUCGAUCCGCACUGGUCAUACGGGAGUAUUAUUCCCUUUAUCUUGGGUAUGAUGGCUCAGCCAUAUACUACAAUGCGUGUACACGUUAUGGCACCAGUAGCUUGUAGAGAUGGAGAGAGCCCUCGUGAGUUCGCUGAGAGAGUACGUGGAUUGAUGGGUGAGAAGAUUGGUAUUCCUCUACUUGAUGGUGACUAUAAGGAUAAGGUCCGCUUGAAUAAGUUGGUAGAAGCUGGCAUAUUGAAUGAUGAUGAGGUCUAUCAGUAUGCCAAGGAUAGUAUGUUAAAAAGGAGGAGGAGGAGGAGUAAACGGGACUAA